AUGCCUCCCCGCAAGACCCCAGCCAAAGGCAAGGCCGCUGUUAGGUCUAGCCGAGAUGCAAAUUCAUCUGUUACGCCGAAAGGACGCCGGUCAAAGCUUGCAAAGGAGAAUGAUAUCACGGCAGAAGAAGAGGCUAGGAUCAAAGAAGCAUGGCGCCUCUUUUCUCUAGGCGAUGUCGACGGAUACGAGGAAGAAAAGGAAGGUGUCAUUCGGACGAAUGAUGUGCAACACGUCUUGAAAGCACAAGGCCUGGCUCCGAGUAGUAAAUCACAGAUGCAAGAAUUCAUCGAAACACUUGACCCCGAAUCGGAAGGCUACGUGACGUACCCGCAUUUCCUGGCCUUGUGUGCCAUUCAGCUGAAAUCCAAAACGGAUGAAACGAAAGCGGAGGAGGUCGAGACAGCCUUCAAUCUCUUCCAUCCCGGUCAAAGCGCCGGCGCACAAGAGCAGGUGAUUCGACUGCAGGACUUGCGGGCUGUGGCCCGAACGUUGAAUGAGCAGGUUGACGACGACGUACUGAAAGCCAUGAUACUGGAAGCGAACGGAGGCAAAGGUGUCGGUAGGGGUGUGAACAUGGACGAAUUCCAAGCCAUUAUGACCCGGGCAGGUGUCUUUCAAUGA